UACAGCGGAAGUGACGAGCGUGGCCAGGAGCGUGACGAAGGGCUGCUUGGAAAUACAACAAGGAAGUGGAUAUUUAGCUUCAUUAUCGGUUCAGUAUCAUUAAAACACGGGUAUUAAAGCAGCGCUCGAGCGGAGCGGCGCUGAGAGAAGAGAGAGAGAGGAGUCGGGAGGGUACAGUCGUGUCGGACUCACCCGAGAGCCCGCGGCGGCUUUUACAUAACCCAGUCCAGCAAUGAACACGGACGUGGAAUUUCACAUCAGACAGAAUUACCCCUGGAAUAAGCUGCCUGCUAAUGUCAAACAGAGUCUGGGAAACUCGCAGAGGGAGUAUGACAAGCAUGUCCUCCUGUACAGUAUCAGAAACCAGCUGCGAUUCCGCAAUAACUUAGUCAGGCACGUGAAGAAGGAUGAGCGGAAGUAUUAUGAGGAGCUGUUGAAGUACAGCCGAGAGCACCUCAUGCUGUAUCCUUACCAUCUAUCUGACAUCAUGGUUAAAGGACUGCGAGUCACUCCUUUCUCUUACUACAUCAGCAUCAUGGAGGACAUCAUGAACUGUGAGAAGAGUUAUGACUCCUUACCCAACUUCACUGCUGCUGACUGUCUGAGGCUUCUUGGCAUUGGAAGGAACCAGUACAUUGACCUGAUGAACCAGUGCAGAUCGUCCAAAAAAUUCUUCCGCAGAAAAUCAGCAAGGGAUCUUCUGCCAGCCAAGCCAGUGGAGAUCUCAGUGGAGCCCUGGUGGGUAGCACAGACUGGCUACAUCACUGAGGAUGACAUCAGGAUUUGUUCCCCAGCAGAGAAGAGGGCAAUUGAUAAGAUGAUAGAUUCUGGACCCCAGCUGGCUGGAUCGAUGGAGUACAAUGUGGUUCUCAGUCUGUACAACAGGGGCUAUAUAUAUCUUGAUGUGCCCAUAUCUGACGACAGCUGUAUAUCAGUGCCACCUCUGGAGGGCUUUGUGAUGAACCGGGUCCAGGGCGAUUAUUUCGAGACACUCUUGUACAAAAUCUUUGUGUCCAUCGAUGAGCAGACUACAGUCUCUGAGCUGGCUAAUGUCCUGGAGAUCGACUUGGGCCUAGUGAAGAACGCAGUCUCUAUGUAUUGCCGGCUUGGAUUCGCCAUAAAGAAAGGUCAGGUGAUCAGCCCAGACCAGCUGCACCCUUCAUGGAAGAGCGCCCCUUCAGUCAACAAGCUAAAGAGCACUAUGGACCCUCAGAAGAUGCUGCUCUCCUGGGAAGGGGGCAGUCCAGUAAUGGAGGCAGGCUCCUCUGCUACUGAUACUGACACCACCAGUCUGGAGGAUCAAGACAAUGCCAGUGUUAGUAGUCUGAGUAUUCCGGUGGCCCCCACCAAGAGGAUCGCAUUUCUAUUUGAUUCCACCCUCACAGCCUUCCUCAUGAUGGGCAACCUUUCACCUAAUUUAAAGAGCCACGCAGUGACCAUGUUUGAGGUGGGGAAGCUGUCUGAUGAGACCCUGGACAGUUUUUUGAUGGAGCUGGAGAAGGUGGAGAGCACUGCUGAAGGAGAAGCUCAGAGGUAUUUUGAUCAUGCACUGACGCUCAGGAAUACAAUUCUCUUUCUGCGCUACAACAAAGAGCUCACCCCAGACCAGGGCCCUGAUGUACCAAAUAUAGGCUUGCCUCUGGACCUGCUCCGUUGUGAGAGUCUGCUGGGAUUGGAUCCUGCCACCUGCAGCCGUGUGCUCAACAAGAACUACAAACUGCUGGUUUCCAUGGCACCGCUAAGCAACGAGAUCCGGCCAAUCAGCAGCUGUACACCUCAGCACAUUGGACCAGCCAUCCCAGAGGUCAGCUCCAUUUGGUUCAAACUGUAUCUGUACCAUGUGACUGGCCAUGGCCCCCCUUCUUUGCUGCUGUCUAAGGGCUCUAGGCUGAGGAAGCUACCCGACAUCUUCCAGGCCUACGACCGGCUCCUGAUCACCUCCUGGGGUCAUGACCCCGGUGUGGUGCCCACAUCCAAUGUGCUGACUAUGCUAAACGAUGCCUUGACUCACUCUGCGGUGCUCAUUCAGGGUCACGGCAUGCAUGGCCAUGGAGAGACUGUUCAUAUCCCCUUUCCUUUUAAUGAAGAGGAUCUUAAAGGAGAGUUCUCGUAUUCGAACAUGUGUGUGCACAAGGCCCUGAAGCUCCUGCGGGAGAAAGUGGACCUGGAGCAUCAGUGUGGCUAUAUCACUAUGCUGAACUGCAACAACAGGCACCGCCGCAGGCCCAGUGAUGCUGAAGGAGACCCUGAAUAUGGUCCAGGGUUUGAUGCCAACGGAAGCAAUGAGUCCUUUGAGUUGGUCACUGAGGACAAUGGGGAUGGCACUAAGAAACAGGGAGCUGAAGUGUCUUCCAAAGAGGAUGAGUGGGUACCUCUGGAGCUGUGCUUUGGAAUGCCCCUCUUCAGCUCUGAGCUAAACCGGAAAGUAUGCCAAAGGAUCGUCUCACACAAACUCUGCAGCAAAGACAGUCUUCAAGACCUACUACAUUCCAGCCGAAAACUGUCCUUGAAGGUUUUGAGCUUUGUCCAGUCUUUCCAGGAUGGCAACCAGCCUGCAGAUCCUGACAGUGGGGUUUCAGGGCCCCUUUGCCAGCCCCCAGCGGAGUCAGGUGUCCCUCUACCUGCACUCAAUCUCCUCUUCAAAGACGGCCAGUUAAAGGAAUGGAGUGGUCGAGCCCCGCCCGCCCUCCACCUCUCCACUCUACAGAGAGACCAACCUACAUAAAACCACGCCCUCGAACAAACAUCUCAUCCAGUCUCUCUUCUGCUUCACCACAUGUCCCACCCUCCCCGAUCAGCUCCCCAAUGGCCAGUGUUACUGUCUUGGCUCUGCGUCACACUAAACCCAGCAUUUCAAUGUACCUGCUAAACCUGGACCGGAGUGUCCGGAGGCCGAGCCCAGGGUAACACUAGUGCUGAUUCAGUGAGACGAGUCUAAAUCACAAUUCCUAACCUCUCUUAUAUUAUCAAGCAUCAGAGCAUCAGAUAUCACUUCACCUCAAUGAUGAGAUUAUUCAGUAAAAAAAAGAAAAUACAAAAUAUUCUCACACAAGUGUGACUUGUUACAUGUAUACAUAUGGACUUUGCUUGAAGAAGAAAAACUAAAAAAAAAAAAUAGGACCAAUCCUGUGGUUGGUUGAAGACACCCAGGUCUCUUGUAUAUGCCUAUUUGUACUGUCAUGUUGUGUGACCCGAUGCAUGAUAUCAUUGCACAAAGCGACAUGACUGAUUCAACUGGGUAUGCAACCAUGGAAAUGGGGUUUUACUUUUUUGCACUUUUUACACCUGUGGAUGAUUUUCAGUUAUUUGUUUCUCUCUCGGUUUAUAGGACUCGUUGGUUGAAUUUUACACUGCGAAGAGUGACAUCUCGACAAGUGGAACCAUCUAAAAAUUUGCCAAAUCUCAUUUUGAGAGAUUUAUCAGAAUAGUAGAUUAUAAAAAAAUAUUGUCCUUGGUUUAAGUCAUUUUAUCUAAAGAAAGUAACUUUUCCAAUCUGCCAAUGGAAGAGAAAAUGACUUAAUACUCUUAAAAUAAAGAUACUAUAAAUGGUUUUUCGAGCGAUGCUAUUGAAGACCACUUUUGAUCUGCCAUAGCAAAGCAGUAUUGUAUUUUUUCCUUCAAAUCUGGAUCAUGGAAACUGGAAUCCAUCCACUACAUGGAAGAUAGAAUAUGUAAAUUGAUCAUAAAUAAUGGGUGCUAGAAAAAUGGGACAUUUCAUUCCUAAUUAUGGAAUAUGUCUUAGAUUAUGUUCACCCAAGAGUGGACAGUGCAAUGAAUGGUAAUGGUAAUCAUGACCAGCAGUGUCUGGCUAGAACUGUCCAUGCAAACACAAAUGGAAAUUAAAAAAAAAAAUCACUUCGGCAUUCAAUGCUGGAGGCCCCACACACACAUAUCCCACAGGUCAGGUCAGUACAGUUUGUGUUCUAUAGCUUUCAAGGGACAUGAGGCAUGUCAGUGUACAUUUACUGUUCCAUUUAAAAAUAUAUGUGGGAAAUCCAAGGACUGAAAAAAAAACUGGAAAGUAUUCAGGGUUCAGAUCUGAAGAACCAUUUGAAGAAUUUAUUUAUUUUAGAGUAUAAAACAAGGAAACUAUAUAUACAGCUCUGGACAAAUGAAGAGACCACUUCAGUUUCUGAAUCAAGUUUCUCUGAAUUUGCUAUUUAUAGGUAUAUGUUUGAGUAAAAUGAACAUUGUUGUUUUAUUCUAGAAACUACAGACAAUAUUUCUCCCAAAUUCCAGAUAAAAAUAUUGUCAUUUAUAGCAUUUAUUUGCAGAAAAUGAGAAAUGGCUGAAAUAACAAAGAAAGAUGCAGAGCUUUCAGAUCUUAAAUAAUGCAAAGAAAACAAGUUCACAUUCCUAAAGUUUUAAGAGUUCAGAAAUCAAUAUUUGGUGGAAUAACCCUGGUUUCUAAUCACAGUUCUCAUGCAUCUUGGCAUGUUCUCCUCCACCAGUCUCAGACACUGCUUUUGGAUAACUUUAUGCCACUACUGGUGCAAAAUUUCAAGCAGUUCAGCUUGAUUUGAUGGCUUGUGAUCAUCCAUCUUUCUCUUGAUUAUAUUCCAGAGGUUUUUAAAAUGGUAAAAUCAAAGAAACUCAAUAUUAAGUGGUCUCUUAUUUUUUUUAGCGCUGUAUAAGUGCAUAGGACAACAUUCUCUUAGCAAGCAUUAGAUAUUUUGAUGUUAUUUAUGUUUUCACCUGCCAAGAUGUCAAUUCUUUGCGGUGUCUGUAUAGAUUUAGGCAUUUGUUCUUCACCAGUACAUCAUGUUUGGGAAACCACAGAGCAUAUGAUCAAAAUAUGCUUACUUCUAUAUGCUACUUUUUCACCAUGUGGUAACACCAAAGAUGAAUCUUUUUUUUUUUUUUUUUUUUACUUUACUUUAAUUUAGAUUUUUUUUACAGCAGUUUUACAAUGUUUUUAUUUUCCUGCCUUAUAAAUGAGUUGCUUGGCACCCAGUAGACUGCAAUCAGGCCUGUGCUUGUACGAAUCAGUAGUGUGUGGCUUAUUUAUGGGCCAGUUUAAAGAAAACUCAUUCGGAGUUGACAGUGUGUGUGUUUCUGUAGUCCAGAGAGCACUAAGAGUCUGGGAGUGGACUCACACAAACUCGGAAACACAGAAGAAAAAAAAAACAUUUAUCUUCUUUAUGUUCUCAUACCUGUGUGUGCUGAAUAUCUGUGUGAGUUUAAAACUUGGUUGUGAAUAUGUAGCGUGUUAUGCUACAGUAUUGAAAGCCCGUCAGUGGCCUCACCGUCAUUUUGUAUUGUUUUGUUUGGUUUUUCCUUUAUGUUCUUGCCUUUAUUAAGGAUGCUGGUUGUGUUUCCUCUCUAUUUGAACUCUAUAGUUGUGGUUGAUGAUGACUACGAUGGUGUUGAUGCCACUGGUGAAGAUAAAUAAGAGAUAUUGGUGCAGCAUGAUGAGUGUUUUUAGAGACCAUUGUGUGUCUACUGUGCAUCACUCUCUCUUUCUCUCUCUUUCACCCCCUUCCCAGCAUCCUUUUCCUACUUUCACCCCCCCCAAACCCCACCCCAACCCCACCAGUCCAUCCCAUUCUCCAGUAUCCUAUUUUGCACCUGGUCCAUACCUCUCCUCCAGAACAUCUCAGUGUUAGAGAAGAAUAGUUAGUUUUAUAAAGUCAACCUGCAUUUUAGGAACUCUUUGUUGUAGCGUGUUUUGAUGGGACUGUGAUUAAUGCUCUUGUAAUUAAAUGGGUACAAAAAUGACAUUCCUUCUCACCCCACCCCACCCAACUUCACCCCACUUCUUCAAAAAAAAAAAUACAGUACAUGAUAUACCAAUAUGUAAAAAUUAUAUAAUAAAUAUGAAUAAAUAAAUAUGUUGCAACAACCCUCGCCUAA